GGCAAAAUAAUACCACAAAGUCAAACUCAUACUCCAUUUUCAAAUGAUCAUGAAACAAUUAUAAGGCAUGCCGUACUUGUGUUACGAGAUUUAUAUAAUCUUGUAAUUAUUGCAAAAGCAAAGUAUGAACAAGGCCCCACGAGUGUUCAAAAAUGCAUUGACAUCUUGCAUGCAAAUAGAUUAUUACAAAACCUCAAGAAAGAAUCGGUCAAAAAUAUCGAUUUUUAUUUGCCUGUAAUAUUGUAUAUUUGGAAACCUAUCGAAUUGGAUAUCAAUUAUGAGGAUGUAAUCCGUGCUUUGCCGCUCUUAAGUAAUUGUGGUGAUUUAAUCAGAUGUUUAGUCGCUAAUAAUCCACAAAUGUUUCAUAAGGUCACGGAUAUUAUCCUAGAGGUUCACAAAUAUUAUCCUCAUAAAUUUAAAGAUCGCAUCAAAAAAAUGCUGUAUACUAUGGUUAGUCUCGCAACACAUCACGCCUUUAACAUGCGGCUUAAGCUGAUUGAUUUAAAGAUAUUACCGGAAGUUGUGCUGCGACUUACUGUUCUCUGUUCAGAUGUUGUAUUAUGUCUUGAAGGAAUUUUGUCGCGAAAUCCUAAAUGGAUAACGUCACAACAAGUUCCACAGGGUCUAAUCAAUGAUCUAAAAAGUAGCUUAUUUAUAACUUUGCGCAAUUGUGUGAAUAAGGUACAACAACCAUUAACUCAUCAUCGAGCAAGGCUAUGUAUAUUAAUGCGGAUUAUUUGUGGCUUUGUACAUUUAUUUAAAGUAAAUUUUGAUCCAAACGAGUUAGAAGUUUGCUUAACAGUUAUAGAACAUGCCGGAUCAGACAGGCUCAAAAAAUUAUGUUUGUGCUUCUUGUUACUUUGUUCUGAGAUGUUAAUUAAAACGAACAGGUUAUUACUUGUAAAUUCGUUUGCAAAAAUAGUUAAUCAUAAUAAGCAGUUGUUUUUGAUAUUUGCUUACUUUUUCCGUACAAGUCAACUCGAUCAAAUAUCAAAAAUGUGUAUUUCAACCCUGGCUAUGGAUAUUGAAAUAUCUGGUUACGGUUUAGUUGAAUUAAGAAACGCAACGAAGGACGUUCUUUUCUCUGAAGUUACUUUGGCCAGAAGUGCUUUGGAAAUAGAACCAGACACUUUUGACGGAUUAGGAUUGGCAAAAGAUCCUAGAGAUAUUGCUUUUAAUGUAGUUUACGUGAUGUUAAAGGGUGGAGUAUUUCAUAAAGGCAAGGUAGAUAUUAAGCCUUGGAUCAUGCGACAAAUGAUACAAGCAACGUUACCAAUCCAUUCUCAGUUAUGCCCUUUAAUAAAGACAUAUGCUUCUAGCAUCUUUGAUAUUCACGGUAUCGUUUAUCCAACACCAAUGAGCAAAAUACCGGAAUUUCAUAUAUUCACGUUUUUUCGAGAGAGAAUUGAAAAAAUUACUCCAGCACAUAUUCUUUUGUUUUAUUAUGUACUUCAGUUUAAUAUAAUUGCGAGAGAACGGAAGUCAGUUGGAGGUCAAGCAUCAUUACAAAAAACUAUUUACUAUUCCAAUUUACCUUAUUCUUCGAGUCUCACGGAAUCAAUCCCCGUUCGAAGAAUACUAAUUGAAGCGGAGAAAUGUGACAAUGGCUUGGCAUAUCGUAAUGUUUAUCCUGAGCUUCUUGGACUCAUUGCUUCAAGUUAUCCCGAAAUUUUUGAUAUAGAAAAUCUCUUGGCUGAAGAAGAUCGUCUUCCAAAGACUUUGAGGCAAAAUCAGUUGGUUGUCAAAAAUUUUAUUCAAAUAUCCAUUUCAAAUUUUGAAGAAAAUCCGGUAGAGGCUUUAAAUGCCUUGAAAACUUUGGAAUCUAUGGAUCCGGGGGAUUUGUCAACUCGUUGUAAUCCACUUAUGCUAUCUUUAUUACCGAGAAUACUUUAUCUCAAGGAUCUCAGAAUCAUACAAUCGGUAUAUCGUAUCUGGUUGUCACUCUAUAGUAUGAAUCCUCAUGAAGCAUCUUUAUUGUUCAUAAAUGCAACUCGAGGACAGCAAGAUCAGAAAAUAAGAUUUACGGAGUUGCAACUUAUGAUGGAUCCAUUGCUAGUUAUGCGUUGUGACCCCCAAGUGUUUAGAUGUCCUCCAAUUUUUAAAAUCUUUUUAAAGGUUUUGAAAUUUUAUAUGAGAGGUUCCCGAUUUAGAUUAAGUCGACUUCAACAAGAUGAAAAUGAAUAUUUGAAGGAUCGUUUUACGUUUGAAAAGAUGGAUAAAUUGAUAUUAGUUCAAGAAAUUUCAUCGAUGAAAAUAUUACUUGAAAUUUGUGAAUCUAAACCGGACGAUAAUCCUGGUUAUUCUAUUGAAUUAAUACCUUUGACAACGCGGAGAAUCGAGUCAAUGCAUAUGUGUAUAACUUUUGCGCCUGAAUUAAUUAACGAUAAAUCUGAUCCAAAAAGGCAGUUGUUCGGAUUAUUUUUGGGUAGUCAACUUUGUAAAGUUUGGCCCAUGGAACAAACAAUAAAAGAAAAAUCUUUGCAAACAAGUGGAAAGACGUUAUCCGAAGAAGCGAAGAAGAUUUUACCAAUUUUAAUCCUUAUUUAUAAUGUAUUUAUAAAUUUACGCCAUGAAGUUAAGCGAAUAUUAAAAGAUCUAGAAGCGAAGUUUAGACCACGGAGAGGUGCUACCACGUUUGGAUUGAAAAGAACAUCAGAGAUAUUUAUUGCGCAAUUAUUAGAACAAAUACGUGAUAAACCUGGUAGUUCAUCUAAAUCUCAAAAGAAGAGA